UGCCAGUGCGGUAGCGAGACAAUUGUACUGCCAAUGCUAGCAAAAAAGACAACUGCGCCAGUCAGUUGAAAGUUAUCAGCAUCUCUGUGCCAGCAUUCAACCACCUCCCUGCCGCAGCCGCCAACAACAAUGGCGGACUUGCAGCUAGGUGUCCGGCUUGCCCGGACAUGGCGGUCGUUCGCCAACCCAUCAGUUUGCAAUCGGUGUAUGCGGCAAACCCAGCAAAGGACGCUGGCAACCCAAGCCACUGCUUCACAAGGCCAACGCGACUUAGAACUUGAAGAGACGUCGUCUUUAGCCGGACCACACCAGGUGAAGAAAGAGUUUGAUCCCUUAAAGGUUCCCAGGUCGCGAAAGCGUCAACUGGUUCCCAGCAGAUACCAAUUCCGCAGUCCGAAAUACUAUCGCGGACCUCUACAUCCUCACCAACCGCCGCCGCCCUCUGACCCGGCGAGUCGCGAGUUCGUGCCGGGCCCGUUUUCAUCUCCACGGCUCGAACAAACCUACCACCACAUUAUUGCGCCGGACUUCAUGACCAUGUGCUACCAACAUACACCGCCUGGGUUCCGACCACCGCAAAAGGGGCCCCGUCUCCGGCCAUGGAUUGGCGACUCUCCAUAUUUCAAGAACCGACCGCUUCGCGGACCACGUGGAGGCGACGUCUUGCGCCUGUUGCGGAAACCCAUCACGUUCCGAAACAUCCCCAUGAUCGAGCGAGUCACGGUCCAUGCCUACGUCAAGGGCGCUCUGACGGGAGGGUCGGGAUUUAUUCAUGUCGCCGGCAUGGCCUUGCAGGCCAUCACGAACCACCGAGUCGUCACCCACGAAUCCAAGAAAAACGAGGCCAACUGGAGUCUGGUCAGGGGCAAAACCGUCAGCAUGACCGUCGACUUGAAGGGCGAGGACAUGUACCAUUUCCUCGGCAAAUUGAUCAACGUCGUCUUGCCGCGCAUCAAGGAUUGGAACGGCGUCAGAGGCACCACUGGAGAUAACAGCGGCAACCUGACUUUCGGCCUCGACCCUGAAGCUGUCGCUGGAUUUCCCGAGAUCGAAACAAACUACGAUGCAUAUCCGGGCAAGAUGAUUCCGGGUAUGCACAUCACCAUUCAUACGACUGCCACCUGCGAUAAAGAUGCCCGUCUGCUUCUCGAACAGAUCGGUAUUCCAUUCUACGGCAAGGUUGUGGAUUAAAGAACGAGGUCAUUUUCGUUCGUUUUGGGUGUUCAUGGGCUGUUGCGUUGAACUUAUGUUACAAUGGAUGCCACCCAGCCGCAUUUGAAUGCGUGUCCCUUGCGAAGGAGAUGGGAUCAAGCUUGGGUGAAUGAGAGCCUGUGCGGAUUCAGCCCCAGCAGCUGGCCUUAUUGUGCCAACGUGCAGAAACAGGGGCACCCUCCAUUCAAUCGAUACCAUGCACCCGCGAGUGCAAGAUACCCGGAUCCGUCACUGCUUCGGCCAUCUCUGGCCCGAAUCCGUCGACCCGGGGUUUUUGAUCGCCUUGCUCUCAAAUUGGAAGAUCGUUGUACACUAGGACGGAUGGGGUUCCGAUGAUAUGCAGUAGAAUGGAUGUUACAAUCUACUGCAGCACAACAACCACAUAUCACACAGGACAACGCGCAAAGGGAAAAGGAUCAAGAUUUACGGGAUGGGCAUAUAUUAUCAAUAGACCAAUCCACUGCAAUGGGUGGUGCACACCAGUUUGACUUGCAGAAUGGGCUCAUUCAUGUACAAGACAAUAAAAAAGUACCAUACUAUGCACGGUCUGAACCGCGUUUGCAGGUUUACAGUAUGAUUCCCCUUCUUGCCG